GAUGGGAGGAAACUGACAGAGAGAGAGAGAGAAGCAGCAGUUGCAGCUGUUACAGAGAAAGGGAGGUUGACGGGAGCUGAGGGUGACAGUGAGGAGGAUUCCAGAGAAUCUUUGUGCUUCGGACUUCACUUGGACCAAAUAGACCUCAUCACUUCGACAAAUUGGACUUCAUUGUGCUAAAUGUCUCAGUUAGAUAUGAUAAAUGCUUCAGAGUUUUGGACUAAAGAAAUCAUAUGUGUUUUAAAACUCCAGGGAAAGAAUGUAUUUUACUAUUGAUUAUUUAUCAUUAGUAUUUUAAGGAGAGGUAUUAAAUAACUUAGCAAGUGUAGACACAAAAUUACAGAUUAAUAACAAAGGACAACAAAAGAUAUCAAUGCAGCUACACAAUAUGUGAAAGACAAACACAAAGAUGCUAUAAUGUAGUAUACACUUUGACCAACAUUAACAAAUAAUAAGACCAGCAAUAAGGCAGACAAAUGUGGAGUUAAUGAAAGUAAACAAAAAUUAGAAUACAGUGAGGGUAAUAAUAUCAUGCAUGACUGAAAUGCAGAAAGACUUCGGACAGCACAGCCAUGAAUUGUUACCAAUGAGGUCCUUCCCAUGAAAUGCAGUCCGAUGACCUCUUUGUGCGUAAGUUUCGUCAAGCCCCUACCCGAUCUUCCCCUCACAAAAGUAAACUUUCUGCAGUCCCAGGAAAAAGACACAACGGAGGGGGGCGCUCUCUAUCUGAGUCAGAGUCAGAAAAGGGGUGCAGUAGCCCCUCUGCCUCACGCUUUAAAGAUCCCUUCCUACUGCUGGGGCUGGCUGGGAUCAGCCAAGGGCCUCAGGCCCUGGAUGCCAAAGAAAAACUCCCAGAAGGAGGCCCUUUUUUCCACCGGCCUAAAAGUUUUGCUCACUAUGAUGUCCAAAGCAUCUUGUUUAACCCAUUUCUGAGGGGAGAUUAUGAAGCCAGACGAAAUGUGAAGAGUGGUGCAUCUGCAGCCUCCCAGAUUAGAACUUGCACUUCUUCUCCCAGGAGAUCUCUGUCCUCUCCUGAGGAACCAGCAGACAAUGGAGAUGGAAAAGACAAUGAACUGCUUCUUAGCUGUCCUUACUUCCGCAAUGAAGUUGGUGGAGAGAACAUUGAAGGUCAAAAAGACCAAGGCUGGGGCUUCUCCUCAACAAUGGCUUUUAAUACACCUCAUAUAUGUCCAGUGAGAGGACCAAAUGCAGCAGUAUCUGUGCUAGAGGAAGCCAGGGAGAGAAUGAGGGACAGUAGCUAUUUUGUGGAAUAUAAGGACCUGGGGGCGUUAUAUUACCGGAAGUAUUUUUAUGGCAAAGAACAUCAGAACUUUUUUGGAAUUGAUGAACGCUUGGGUGCGAUAGCCAUAAGCUUACGAAGGGAUGAAAGAGAAGGGUCCCAAAGUAUACAGUAUAAUUACAGAAUCAUUUUUCGAACCACUGAGCUUAAGACCCUUCGUGGUUCUAUCCUGGAAGAAGCCUUUCCCUCAGCAAUCCGUCACAACUCCUCCAGGGCCAUAUCACCUAAAAAACUCCUAGAAUAUAUUGUUCCAGAGGUUAACCUGCAAUGUCUACGCUUAGCAUCCAGUUCUCCUAAAGUCCCAGAAACUCUCCUCAAACUGGAUGAGCAAGGGAUCAGCUUUCAAAGGAAGAUUGGCAUUUUAUACUGUAGAGCUGGACAAGGCUCAGAGGAGGAGAUGUACAACAAUGAGAUACCUGGGCCUGCUUUUAAACAUUUUCUGAAUCUCCUAGGAGAAGAAGUUCGACUGAAAGGGUUUGACAAAUAUCGGGCACAGCUGGACAACAAAACUGACAGCACAGGAACACAUUCGCUUUACACACGUUACCAAGACUAUGAAAUCAUGUUCCACGUAUCAACAAUGCUUCCGUAUACAGCCAACAACACUCAGCAGCUGCUUCGGAAAAGGCAUAUCGGCAAUGACAUUGUAACUAUAAUUUUUCAAGAGCCAGGAGCCCUACCAUUUACACCCAAAACCAUUCGCUCCCACUUUCAACAUAUCUUUAUUGUGGUGAGAGUCCAAAAUGCAUGUACUGCUCACACCUCUUAUAGUGUAGCUGUAAGUCGUUCAGCUGACACACCAUUCUUUGGCCCCGCACUGCCUCCCACCAACUUCGCUCACUCCCCUGAGCUCAGAGACUUUCUGCUUUCCAAAGCUGUAAAUGGUGAGAAUGCAGCUGAGCAUGGAGGCAAGUUCUUAGCUAUGGCUACGCGGACUAGAGAAGAGUAUUUGAAAGACCUUGCUCGUGACCAUGUUACUACUGCUACUCUGGACUCUUGUUCAUCUAAGUUAGCCAUUUUGAGUCUGUCCAAGAAACGUGACCGAGCUGGCAGCACUGGCACUGGAGACAAGGCUGGAAAAAACCCUUGUUGGGCCUACACAGUACCUCCUGAAUUUCACAGCCCAGGUGCACUAGUAUGGCCAGCGAGAGCCAAAAGCUACUCAGUCCCUGAUGGUACCUACUUGCUGGGCAUCUCUUCUGAGAUGCUGGUAUUGAUAGAUGUACAAAAGGAGAGAGAAAUUGCCAUAAGCUUUCACUGUUCAUGCAGAGAUGUUUUAGGAUGGACAUAUUCAUCAAAAGGAGGGCUGGACCUUUACUAUGGUGGAGCUGGUAGACUUCAACUUUGUCCAGUGGCCGGUAGUGAUGCAGAAGUUGAAAAAGAGGUGAAUCAUAUUGUGAAGAGACUUCAGGUUGUAUCUGGUGGUUGUGAGACUCGGGAGAUACCACUUCUGAGAAAUGGUCUGGGCCAGUUGGGGUUUGAAGCAGACUCUGAAGGAUUUGUGACAGAGGUGGAAAGAUUCAGCGUGGCUGAAACUGUUGGACUUUGUCCUGGAGCUCGCUUAGUGGCUAUUUGUGGCCAACCCUUCUGCUUGCUCAGCCCAAAUGAUGUCCGUUCUCUUUAUCUAAGUGGCAAGAAGGUUACAGUAACCACAUUACCUCCAGAUGAAGCAGGAAAGCCACGUAGGAGCUUCUCUGAACUGUAUGUGAGAUCUCUGCAGGGUCAAAGAGUUCUAAAGCCAAUAGCAAUGGAGGAUGGCAAGGAAAAGGGUUUAGAGAAACCUUCCCCAGAGACCAGAAACCUUCUACGUACUUUGUCUGUACAGGAAGAGAGAACUGAGUUCAGAUAUAAUAAUUCUGAUCUGGCUCCCCCUGAUGUCAUACCUCAACCUGACCCUGUUGCACAUGAACAGACUGUGGAUGUCUCCUCCCUUGCAUUGAAUAAUGAUGUAUUUGAAUCAAGCACCCUCAGUGAAGAUGGAAGUCUCCCAGAAGCUCCAUCUUUUGAAGAACCCUCCAAAGAAGUUCCCUCGUCUAUUGAAGAUGAAUGGCAGAGUAUAUCGGAUCUCACCUUGGCCUGUAACAGUAUACUGGAAUCCAUGUCUAAAGAAGGACAGGAGCUGGAGGUAUCUAAAGAAUUGAGGGCACAUACGCCAUCCUCACCACCAUCAGGGAAUCUCUCUUACAAAGUCUCAGAGCUGGAACUGCAGCUGAAAAGACUACAGGAGGACCUGAAGAGGGAGCAAGAAGGUCGGGCCCAACUUCAAGCAGAAGUGCAAAGUCUGAAGAGGACUCAGGAGGAAGCUUUCACUGGAACCUUGCCCCAUGAGGGUGGAGCAAAAAUACUCAGGGGUGGUGCCACCAACUGUGAAGAACUAGCCAAUGACUGUACAGAAAGAGCCAUGGACUGAGUGCAUUUAUGGGCUGGGACUGGUGCAAAGGAUAAGGGGAAGUUAUAUCAUUAAGAAGGAUUGGUAACAUUUAUUUUUUGGCCACCAAACUAAUUAAACACUCAAAGCAUAAAACAUAAAAAUCAGAAACAGAGAAAAAAAAAUCAUCAAGAACUUAACAAUAAAGGUAUAGCCAGGAAAUAUGUGAAAAACGAGUGACACAAAGAAGCCUUUGAGUGGAUGGCGCGGCUGCUUAUUGUGGGUUAUUGAGAAGCAGAUGAUUCACAAGACGAGAAAAGACAUGAGAAAUGGAAGAAAGAUUUUAGGGAGUGAGGAAGGAUCUGACUAAAUAAUCACAAGAAAGAAACACAGGGUAGUCAAGGACUGAGGGGAACACACAUUUUUAUAGUGUGGGCAAUGAUUAUCUUGUUCACUCUUAUUUCAGGGAGGGUUUUUAUUUUUAAACUGUGAAAGGGGUUAAUAAAAUGAUUUGCAAGCGCAAGCAUAUUUUGCAGAAGGUUGAUCUGUGAGCAAAGUAUUAACAGAAUUACAGGAGUUACGGUCAGAGCGAUACUCUGCAAAGGUUAAUUCAGCUGAACUCGUAGAAGGAUGUUCUGCAUUGAAUAACUUUGUAAAUAUGAAUGUCUUCCGGCAAUUUUAAACCUUCCAGCUAUCGUGAAUAUAUUCCUGGGACAAUGAAAGGGUUAAAUGUAUCUGUAAGAAGUUUUCAUAACUGCACUCAUUAAUGACUGCAGAUUGGAUAAAUAUCGGAAUAUUAAAAUUGUAUAAAAUUUGA